AUGUACUACCCUCUUCUCGUCGUCGUCCCCUCAUUCAUUUCACUGGCCAUUGCGGGCCAAAUUCAGCAAUUCAAGAACAAGCCUUCUAUCUCAAGCGCAUGGUUCACGGGCUGGCACGCUGCCGAUAUUAAGCCGGCCUUUGCGGUGGCCGAUGUUAGCUGGGACAAGUACACCCACUUAAUUUACUCGUUUGCUGAAACUACCUCGAAUGUCCAAACUCUAGAUUUGAGUGGUUCUGAGCCAACGAUUCUGCCUGUCUUCGUCAAAACCGCGCAUCAAAAUGGCGUCAAAGCGAUGAUAUCUGUGGGAGGCUGGACGGGAAGCAGAUUCUUUUCGACAGAUAUCGCGACGGCCGCGAAUAGAACUGCAUUUGUCAAAACCAUCAUCGAUUUCGUCCAAAAGUACAAUCUUGAUGGUGUCAAUAUUGACUGGGAAUACCCAAAUAACCAAGGCAUUGGCUGCAACACGAUCAACAAACAAGACUCUAGCCAUCUGCUUUCCUUCCUCAAAGCAUUGCGUAAGGAUCCAGUUGGUGCAACACUUGUUGUAUCAGCUGCGGUCGUUGGCCCAUUCAUUGGCUCAAAUGGCGAUCCAAUGUCCGAUGUUUCUGCGUUUGCCGAAGUCCUAGACCAUGUUCAGGUUAUGAACUAUGAUGUGAAUGGACCUUGGUCAGCUGCAGUAGGACCAAAUGCGCCGCUUAAUGACACUUGUGCCCCCGACAACUUCCAAUCCGGUUCUGCGGUUGAUUUUGUUUCCGCUUGGUCCCAGGCAGGUUUCCCGACGAGUAAGAUCGUCCUGGGCGUCGCUUCGUAUGGCCACUCUUUUGUUGUCGCAGAAAAAGACGCCUUCACCGAUUCGAAAAAAACUCAAUUAGCGUUGUACGCUCCGUUCAACGCUUCCGUGGCUCCUGCAGGCGAUGCAUGGGAUGACGCAGCAGGUGUUGAUGAGUGCGGUAACUUUCAGAGCCAGGGAGGAGUGAUUAACUUCUGGGGUCUAAUCGCGCAAGGAUAUCUCAAUCCUGAUGGCACCCCCAAAGCCAGUGUUCCAUACAUGUACGACACCUGCACGCAAACACCGUUUGUUUAUAAUACGACCACCAAGGUCAUGAUUUCCUAUGACGAUGCAAGGUCAUUUGCGGCUAAAGGUGCCUGGAUCAAGUCUGCUGGGCUUGCUGGUUUUGCGAUAUGGGAGGCAGGAGGAGAUCCAAAUGAUAUUUUACUGGAUUCCAUCCGUACUGCCGCUGGGUUUUGA